AUGAGACGAGCUGGAAAGCCCGUCAACGGAAACCCUAAGCCAUACGAGAUUGUGUCUUCCGACCAAUCUUCUUUGUCGUUUUGGUCAUUACCAUACGCUGUAGUUUUGAACUGCUUAGUUCGCGUCCCAAGAUGCUACUACCCAAACCUCUCUUGCGUUUGCAAAAGGUUCCGAUCCCUUGUGCGUUCUCCUGAAUUUGCACAUAUGCGAUCCUUGAUGGCCAAAAAUUAUCCCAUCUUUUGUGUCUGCUUUACCGAACCUACUAGUAUUGGCAGGAACUUUCAUUGGUUCACUUUUGACACACAAGAGAAGAAAAGAAGUGUUCUUAAAUCAUUUCCGCAUUUUCCUCGACAGAUGCUGUGUUGUUCCAUCGUCUCGGUAGGUUCCACGAUCUACUUUAUCGGUGGAUCCAUGGAUCAUUAUUCCCCGAGCAUUAGGCUCUUGGAUCCAUGGUCCGGGGAGUUGUGUGAGGGUCCUAGCAUGAACGAGCCUCGUAAUUUACAAGGUGUGACAGUUGUGGAUGGAAAAUUAUAUGUAACGGGAGGGUGCCGCAAAGACCAGAUCCAAGUGGAGGUUUUUGACCCAACGACUCAAACUUGGGAGGUUGGACCAUUAAGUCCCCAUGGGAAAAUCCAAUAUGGAGAAAGACUAGUCGAUCCAUAUGGAAAAGUUGUGACCGAAUCUGUGGCCGUGGAAGGGAAGGUUUAUGGUAUGAGUUAUAAUAAAAGAGCACACAUUAUCUACGAUACAAAAGAUGGUAGAUGUGAUACUUUUGAUUUGGCUAAUGAAAGGGCAUGGACCAGAGGUGGAGUGUGUGUGAUAAACAAUGUGAUCUAUGUUUAUUACAAGGAGUUUGGGUUAAUGUGGUAUGACUCUAUAGGUAAGGAGUGGAGAGUGGUCAGUGAUUUGACGCUUGAUAAGUCGAUUGCCAUGCCUGUUGGAAUGGUGGAUUGCAAUGGAAAACUUGCUUUUUUGUGGGAAGAUUUGGGAGAUAUUAUUAGUCAACCAACAAAAAAGAAGAAUAUUUGGUGUACGAUCAUCGUGUUGAGUAGGUGUGGAUCAGGGAUGCGUGGAACGGUCAAGCGGUCUGAUCUCGUUUGCACUGUCCCUAUUUACUAUGACACUUGGCGUUGUCUAGAUGUUUCUGAUCUAAACUUUAAAGGAGAUGGUAAUGAUAUUACGUUGUGA